GAUGUGAAGUGGGCAAUGACUGAGAAAUCUACCUCAGGCGCUGGCGUGCCCGUGGUGACCCCCAUCGGCGACGCGUGCGAGGAGUGCUACCUCCUCGGCGUGCGCGUGCUGAUGUACGACACGUGGGAGCUGUUCGUGAAGGACUAUCACAAGGGCGGCGACUGCAGGAAGAAGACCGAGCAGGCUCGCAAGACACAGAGGGAGCUCCAGGAUGACUCCUUCGAGAACCCGACCUUCCAGUUCGGCGACAAGAACGUGAGCACGGGCACGCAGAGCGCUGUGGAGGUUUACUACAAGUUCGACGCGUGGACGGAGAGCGAGAUGCGUGCCAGUUGCGGAGUCGCUCGGUUGUCCAAGCCAAUGUUGAAGGCGCAGCUGAAGAUCGCGCACCCCUCGAUGCGGGACGCCAACGAGGAAGAUACGCUGUACCUCUUUCUGCCUGAUCCCGAGACUAAGCAUUUCCGCAAGGUAAAGAUCAGCCAGUCGCAGUUGGUAACGCUUGCUAGCACCUUCCUGACUGCGCGCGCCUUGCUCUACGACAGCCACGCUACGGAGGCGUUCGCCCACGCGAGUGCGGUGGCAUUGUCCGAGAGCGGAGCAACGGUCGGCAGCAUCAAGUCGAAGUACCCCGUCCAGCUCUUCCUCGACGGCAUCAAGGACCGACGGAGCUUGACGCCUCUGAAGGCUAAGGCGCAGGACGACCUGACGAAGGAGACGACCAAGAUCGAAGCCAAGCUCCGUCUCAAGUACAUCUCGAAGCUCGAUACGGCCUGCGAGUUGCGCAACCCGACGUUUGUGAGAGGGAAAUCUUGGCCCGAGCUGUCCGAUACCAUCCAAGAGUUCGAAGACGAGGCUGAGCUGGUAUGGCCUAAGAGCAUCAUCUUCAGCAUAGCUGAUUUGAGGCAAUCUACACUAUCUGAUGCUGCAGAUUGGGAAGGUCAUUUGAAGGUCUUUCGGUGCUGGGCGCCACCAGAGGGACAGAAGCUCGACCUCAUCAACCCGAGCUUCGGCAUGGCUUGUGUGACAAGCGGAACUGAGGAGGCGAUUGGCGACAGCUUGAGGUCUUUGCUGAGACACUUCGUCAAGGUGGUCUACUCCGAGCAUGUGUGCCCUUGGAUAUUCGACGGGAUUUCGAAGCUGGCGACCCUCAAGGCUUACGCUCUGGCCGCCGUGAAAGUGUUCAAGGACGAGGACAUUUGGGAGCUGCCCAGGGACGCCGCUUCCUUCAUCCAGGAUGUUCCUACGGCCCCCUAA